AUGUCCUUGAGCCCCAAACAUUCAACACCUUUCUCAGUGAGCGAUAUUUUGAGCCCUAUCGAGGAGACCUUCAAGAAGUUUGCAGCCAUGGAGAGCACAGCGAGCCUGGCGUCUCCUCUCUACAGACAGACUCAGAUGUCUCAGGCAAACCUGCAACAACACAGCAUGAGCCAUAACACCUAUCACAUGCCCCACUCUCAGUUCUCACACACCGCCAUGGGAGGAUACUGCAACGGGACUAUUGGCACCAUGGGAGACCUGCCGUCGUACCAGGAGAGCAUGAGGAACAGCGCAACGGCGACGGCCUGGUACGGCUCGAACCCAGAGCCGAGAUAUCCAACAAUUUCCAGGUUUAUGGGUCCAUCGACGGCCAUGAACAUGGGAACACUAACAGGAAUGGAUGCAACUAAAUCUCUGGUAACUUUACACGCUGCGCCACGGAGGAAACGGCGCGUCCUCUUUUCUCAAGCGCAGGUCUACGAGCUGGAGCGACGAUUUAAACAGCAGAAAUAUCUGUCGGCACCGGAGAGAGAACAUUUGGCCAGCAUGAUUCACCUGACGCCGACCCAGGUGAAGAUCUGGUUCCAGAACCACAGAUAUAAAAUGAAACGCCAAGCGAAGGAUAAAGCGUCCCCACAGCAGCAAGGGGACACUGGAAACAUGUGCGCGCAACAGUCGCCGAGGCGCGUCGCCGUGCCCGUGCUCGUUAAGGACGGUAAACCGUGUCAGAACGGUUCCAACACAGAGACACCUGUCCAUCAGCAGGUGCAGAAUGUGAUGAGCAGUGAGACUUUAGUUUCAGCUGAAGAUUUGGAGGAAAUGUCACCCAGUCCACCUCUCAUGAACAGCCUGUCUCAAACUGACGCAGCGCUCAUUGAAUACACCAGCAGUAUGGUGAACUCAAACCUGCUGUACGGCAGAACAUGGUGAUGUUUCUGAGAGUCAAAAAUGAGACGGAACAAUAUUUGACUUUUUUUAAAGAUCAUUUUAAACAGCACUCGUCUGAUGCAAUGUGUUGAGCCCAUGUGAAUUGUAUGGACUGACUUUAAUCAUUAUUGAAUGACAAUUUGAGGACGGAUGUGGACUCUGUAAUGAAGACUAGACUAGUGUGAUGCGAUUAAUCCGACAUCGAUUUUGUUGCUUUUGUAAAAAUCAAGCUGUAGAUUAAAUGUUGUUAAAAUAUCUAACACUGGACAAAGAAGUGUUUUAAGUCUUUUGUAAGUAAAAAAAAAUAAUUUCUGCA